AUGAUUAAAAGAUUCAUCACAACAAUGUCAAAGAAAGCAGCUACAACCACUAAAACACCAGAUUUCUUAUUGAAAACCCCCAAGGGGACCAAAGAUUGGGCUGAUAAAGAUAUGAUAAUUAGAGAAUCAAUUUUUGAAAAAUUAACAACCAAUUUUAAAAAACAUGGUGGUGUUACAAUUGAUACACCAGUAUUUGAAUUAAGAGAAAUUUUAACUGGUAAAUAUGGUGAAGAUUCAAAAUUAAUAUAUAAUUUAGAAGAUCAAGGUGGUGAAUUAACUUCAUUAAGGUACGAUUUAACAGUACCAUUUGCAAGAUUUGUUGCAAGUAAUAAUAUAAGUAAUAUUAAAAGAUAUCAUAUUGCAAAAGUUUAUAGAAGAGAUCAACCAGCAAUGACAAAAGGUCGAAUGAGAGAAUUUUAUCAAUGUGAUUUUGAUAUUGCAGGAACUUAUGAUUUAAUGAUUCCAGAUUCUGAAAUUUUAAAUAUUUUAAUUCAAGGUUUAAAUGAUUUAAAAAUUGAAAAUUUUAAAGUUAAAUUAAAUCAUAGAAAAAUUUUAGAUGGUAUAUUUGAAGCAUGUGGUGUACCGGAAGAAGAUAUUCGUAAAGUUUCAUCAGCUAUAGAUAAAUUAGAUAAAUCUCCAUGGGAAGUAGUUAAGAAAGAAAUUUUAGAAAAGGGACAAAGUGAAGAAAUUGCAGAUAAAAUAUGGACAUUUGUUCAACAUAAUGGAUCAAUACGUGAAGUUAUUGAAAUUUUAAAAAACAGUGAUUUACAAAAUGAAACUGCAAAACAAGGAUUACAUGAAAUGGAAGUAUUAGCAGAUUAUGUUGAAGCUUUUGAAAUUCAAAACUAUUUGAAAUUCGAUUUAUCAUUAGCAAGAGGUUUAGAUUAUUAUACUGGAUUAAUUUAUGAAGCAGUUACUGAAGCUUCAGCACCACCAAAAAAUUUAAAAGAAAAACCUAAAGAUUUAGCAGCUGAUGAUGAUGCUUCUGCUUAUGUUGGUGUUGGAUCAAUAGCAGCUGGUGGUAGAUAUGAUAAUUUAGUUGGAAUGUUUUCAAAUAAUAAAUCUAUUCCAUGUGUGGGGAUAUCAUUUGGAGUUGAAAGAUUAUUUUCUAUAAUAAAACAAAAAACAGAUUUAACAAAAAUAAAUUCUCAACAUACUGAUGUUUACGUAAUGGCAUUUGGUAAUGGAUUUUUAAAAGAAAGAAUGUCUAUUUCAAAUAAAUUAUGGAAAAAUGGUAUAAAUUGUGAAUUCUUAUAUAAAGAAAAGGGAAAUUUAAGAAAACAAUUUGAAGGUGCUGAAAAAUCAGGUGCUAAAUUAGCUGUUAUAUUAGGUAAAGAAGAAUUCCCACAAGGUAAAUUAAAAAUUAAAAUGUUGGGACAAGAUAAUAAUGAAGAAGAAACUAUUGAAAUUGAUGAUUUAGUAAAAAUUGUAGAAAGUAAAUUAAAUUUAUAA